AUUUUCCCUUUUAUUUUGACUUGUUGGCUUGUGGUGGUUCUGACGUUGGCUUCUUGGGUUCCUGCCACGUGUUUCAAUGUUGGUGAAUACGCGGUUGCCACGUGUACAACAUAAGCAGUUGGCAGUUUUUAAGGUUGACGAUGAAGAAACAAACUGAUGAUCAGACAGCCCAAUACCACCAAAUAGCAAAUAUGGCGUUGAGAGGAGCAGCCGUUGCCGGUGCCUGCAUUGCAAGACAACGAGCCACCCCUUUUCUCCUUUCAUUUCCUCAAAAUUUCAGAGUAAGAUUUCAUCAUCAUUCCCCUUCACAUCCUCUUCAAAGAUUCGCAACUUAUCCAAACUACAAAACUGUAUUUAAGUAUCAGAUUCGGGCAGUACAGGAAGCAACUGCAGACAUCGUAUCAUCCCAGAAAGCAAAAGAAGAUGAUGAUGAUGAACAACAAUCACCUCAAAAUUGGAAGAUUAAAAUGCUCUAUGAUGGAGAUUGUCCGCUCUGCAUGCGGGAGGUCGACAUGCUAAGGGACAGGAAUAAGCAAUAUGGCACUAUCAAGUUUGUUGACAUAAGUUCUGAUGAUUAUUCUCCUGAAGAGAAUCAAAAUUUGGACUACAAAACAGUUAUGGGAAGAAUUCAUGCCAUUCUCUCAGAUGGAACUGUGGUCACGGAUGUUGAGGCAUUUAGAAAAUUGUAUGAGCAAGUUGGUCUUGGAUGGGUUUAUGCUAUUACCAAAUAUGAACCUAUUGCAACAAUAGCUGAUACCAUCUAUGGUGUUUGGGCUAAAUAUCGUCUUCAAAUUACAGGCCGACCACCUUUAGAUGAGAUCUUGGAGGUACGAAGAAAGAACAAGGCUGACGAAUGUACUGACACCACCACUUGCAAGAUGUGAAGUUUCCUGGUAAUUGCUGAUUGCUGAUGGAAGGUCUUAUCUUAUGUAACUCUUUCCUCAUUUUCUUCUAAACUUUGUCCUUAUAUGAGCUCACACCCUUCACUUCUUACACAUGAGAAAGCACAUUAUUUUUAUCUCUAUUAAAGAUUAUUGUAAAGAAGAACAGACAUAAGGUUGUCCUUUUUGCGAUGGUCACAGUGAGUACACAUGUAAAAUUUUAAACUUCUGUAUAUUGUUCAUGUAAUUGCAAUAUUCAAUUACUCUAUAUUGCUGCAAAUUUCCACUGAUAUUUGGUAGUGAAUUUCAGGUCUGUGAAACCUUAAGGAAUAUGCCUAGACAAUACUACUUUCCAAAAUGAUGGGACUUUUCUGAUUCCCUGAGUACUUGCAGAUUUACUCUUUCUACGUUGGACUUACGCGUCAUGAACUUGAUCUAGAUUACCAUGUCCAAGGCAAGGACAGUACACAGCUAUUGAAACUAAUCUCUUCUUGCUAGAUGACUUGCUGCCUGUUGAGUUAAUAUUUACUUGUUUGAAUUAUUUAAUCUUCACCUACAUUAAUGAAUUUCAUAUAAGAUGUAAAUACAAUUAGUAUCUCAUGCUCUAGCUGUUGAAAUA